GUUUUCAUUUUCUGCACUGCUGCCGUAUGCCGAUGCCGGAGUACCAUCAGCGCGCUGCAGUCGGGGAAUCUUGAAAGGAUCGUUUUCUGUUCCAAAGACACCGGUGAUAAAAGGGAGCUAGCAUCGGGCGUAGCGCAUUCCCACCCGAGAGCUUAGGGAGGAUUCCGGGGAAUAUUGCAUUUCAGUGGAUGGACUCCGCCCUGUAUUUGUCGUCGGCAAGGUUUUUAUCGUGUAAAUCAUGAUUUUGCCAACAAGAAGGAAUUGACGGAGAUGUUUUUCCAUCACUCAUCCGAACAGAAGUCAAGGAAUAAUCCUCUGUUGAGUUGGGUUUCUUUUUAGAACAGAAAGAUGGUGAAACGAAAGAAGUCCGGCGAAGAUCCCAAAGAUCUGGCAAGGCAGAUUCCACUGCCUAUUCAGAUUUUCCUGUGGAGGCAAACGAGCCCUUUUAUCCGGCCCAAGUUAACAAGAAUCUACGAGGCCAGCUGUGUGUCUUUUGAGCGAGUUCUUGUGGAGAACAAAGUGCACGGCCUGUCGCCAAGUCUCUCUGAUGCCAUAGCCAGUAUUCCAAGAUGGCAGCUUAUACAGGCCGCCCUUCCCCAUCUGAUGCAUUGCUGCGCAGCUCUUCUCACUAACCGAGCCAAGUUAGGGCACGCGGACAAGCUAGGAGUCGGGGAAACCAAGCUCCUGUACACCUUGCACUGGGUUCUCCUGGAUGCUCCGGAUGAGUGUGCCCAGGAAACAACCAAUGAUGAUAACCAGAGUGACACCUGCAGCCAACUAGCUCUUGAGCAUCCUCUCACCACGCUGCAGCUGUUCGUGUACCUCUUUGCUCCACUGGUUUACAGCAUCAAGGAAUCGGACCUGACUUUCAGGUUGGAGAGUGGAGUGAAGCUCUGGCGUGCCUUGUGGGAUCACAAGCAGCCUGAUAUACAGAGCAUGUCAGGAUUGGUGAAGCCGAGACGCAUUAUCAGGGUGGGCAGAAGGCAUCAUCCUAAGAAAGUGAGUCCUGUUAUGAACAAGGUGGCACCGAAGCUAGAGAAUAAGAUUGAUGAGGUUGAGGAAAAGAAAAAGGAAGUUAUUGAAGAGGUGAAAGAAGAGAAGAAAGACGAAGAGAAGGAACAUGUUGAAGAGAAAAAGGAGGAACCAAAGGAAGAGCAGCAACGUCCGAUUGUUCCUUUAGCAGACAUUUCGGAAGUGAGCCGAUUAAGCACUCCAGCUGAUGUGCCUUCUGUAAGCUUGGAGAUUUUCUGUGAGAUGUGCAACACUCCUGUCACCGGAAACCAGGCUUGUAGCUGUGGGAAUCUCAAGGUAUCUUCAGGAUUUAAUUAUGCCCAGCUUCAAGAUGGUCUCCGUGCAAUACAAAAUAGAAAGGACUCAGAACCUAAUAUUCAAAUGAAGAUGGCUCCGAAGUGUACUCCGGUAGAUUUCACACCACCGCCAACAAGAAAGUCACGGCCACAGUCUCUUGAAUUGUCAGGAAGCAACAGCAGCAGCAGAAUUGAAGAUGAAACUUAUGAUGAUCCUUCAAAAGGAGUGUUUCCUUCCCCUCCUUCGCCGCCUCCUGAAAUGCCCAGACGGCGGUUUCCUCAGAGACUUAAUGAUGUGUGCUCUGCAACGCUCUUUGAUGUUGCUGUUCUACGAUGUCUCUUCAGCCCUCAUUGGUCAGAAGAUGGGGUCCAUUGGGCUCUCACAUACAUCCUGACAAGGUUGCGACAGAUAGCUGAUGAAACCAUUGCUGCAGAAAGGGUACGGCAGAGGAGUAAUUCCUCUCCGAUACCACAGAUUACUGUGUCACUUUUCAACCCAGCUCCAGGUCCUCCACCUAAGAAAUUCUCUGUGCCAGCUGCUUACAUGGGAUCAAACCUUGGUCAAGGAUACAGGGUUUCUGAAGUGCGUCCUAGAGAAGCUCAUCCCUUUCAAGGUUCACCUAAGAAGAUUAAGUUAGAGGAGCAGUGUCCACCGACACAUCCUCCUCCCAAGAGGAACAUUCUAGAUCGAAAGAAUUCCCUGGAAAGAAAAAACAGUGGUGAAAGAAAAGGCCCCCAUGACAUGGUCCGUGCUGGAAAGUACAGGAAGGUUGCAAGACCCUCAAAAGCUGGUAGUGCUCUUGUGCCCAAAUUAGAAGAAAUAGAGGAGGUCAAGAUGAGCAAUUCCAGUGAUGAUUCAAAGCAUGAGGAAAGCACAGGUGAUACCAAACCUCUCAUUCCGUCCCCUGAAGAAGUAGUUAAGAAUCCUAGCUUUACCAUUCCUAGAAGAGAACCACUUGAGUUCAAAAUUAAAGUCAUCCACCUGAAAACUCUUCCUUCAUUGUUGAAGGUGGGUGAACAUAACCAAGACAAUUCUCCAAACUGCAAUUCAAAUGAAAACGAACUGACAGAAUCCUUGCUCAAGCCUCUGCAAAGUAACAUUGCUUUCACAGCUUCUGCUGCAACUCUGGACAUUACCAAACCCCUUGAACUUCCUGCAAAACAAACUCUGUCAAAUUCUCCUACAAUGCUGACAGCAAGCUAUGAUAGGCAGCGAACUUCGGUCUUGACACCUCCAUCAUCAUCUCCAGGGAUCAACUCUUUACCAAAUCCUACCCUCAAAGCUCCUGUAAUGGUGUCGAAUCCUAGAUCCAAAGCAUCGGCCUUGCCUCGGUCUCCUUCUCCAAGGUUUGUGACAACAGUCACACCUGGAUCUCCCUCCUCCUCUCCUUUACCACCAGCUCCUGCUGGACAUGGAUCAGCCCCAGCUGUUCAUGCCAAGAGGUUGAUCAAAGAAGCAGGUGGCAUUCAGGACCGGAAACCAAUGCAGCUACAUGGACCAAAUGCACAAGUUUUGCAAGUUCCGGACUGGAACAGUGCCGAUUUAGAACCACAAAUGGCCACCAUUAUAGAGCCACCAAAGAGACUGUCUAAUGGAACAAUGAUUCAGUCGGACUGUGAAACCAAAACCCUGCCGAAGUUGACUAUUCCUCCUCUUCCAUUAUCACCAAGUGCAAAGCCACCUCCUUUACCAUUGACAGGGCCCCCUCCAAUCACUCCUCCUCCAUUUUGCUCCCCUCCUAAGCUAUCCCCACCCAAAAGGGAGCAACCAAAGCUUGUUAAAGCAGUAGUCAUUCAGGAUGAAAUGGAGGAUUUGAGUGACUGGGAGAUGACAACGACCCACAACAACAACAAUAAUCCACACUCUAACCCUGAUUACCCGCCACCGUCUGAUGAUGAUCACGACAUCGAGGAACCGACGGAAACGUGUGCCUUGUUGGUGCCCCCACCCAGGGAUACCACCAAGAAUCCAUUUAAACCUGCUGACAACUGCCCAUCUUCAGGAAGCGAAUGUCCAGGAAGCCAGAAGACCUCUCUGAACAUCCCUGCAUCCAUUUUGCCCCGUAGCGCAUCUGAUACCUUUGUGAACUACACGACACAGGAAGAGCAGGAAGUGGCUGAGGCACCAGGAUCAACUUACUACAUCCAGGAAAAUGGGCACCUGAAUUUCUCUGUGAUAGUUAAAGCCCUUCAUACGAUUGUUACCAAAGAGACCAGUGCCCGUGUGUGCGACGUGGCCCUGAACAUCAUUGACACCCUCUUGGAGUUCAGUGUCAUCAAGAAAGGUGAAAGGUCCAGUCCGCAACAGCCCAAGAUACCUGUGAUCAAGGUAGAAGGCGAGAAGGUUAAGACAGGUGUCAAGGACGGGGAUGCUGAAGCUGCUGCUAAAGGGAUGGAAGACAUGACAGUCCACAACCUGGUGAUGCAGACCCUGAUCCAGGUCUUCAGGGCAUUUGGAUGUCAGCACGGAUGUGGUGAAGGGGUCAGGGGUCAACAAGAUGUUGAAAAACUCACUUGA